UGGAAGUAGGCGUUUCUACGAAUAUGUAUCAACAAAGUUUAGCUCUGUGUAUAAAGAUAUUUCGCACACAUAGUAAUAGUUCUAAGAAUAUAAGCGUCCAGUUUAACAGGUAAUGUUCUCUGCUUCAUAAGUAACUAUUAGCAGCAAGGACUAUUAGGUAUCGCGUUUAGGUGUUUUUCAGGGUAUAUUUGUAAGAGGUGGCUAUAAAUAUACUUAGCCAGAUAAGAUAAAUGUUUCCGUGAUUAGAGAAGAUUUUAACUGUGUAAGUUUGACGUUACAGUAUUCAUGUGAUUGAUGAUUUUAACUCUAUGACAUUUAUGUGUCGCUUGACAUUGUAAGUCGUAAUUCUUACAAUAAAGAUGGCUACUGUCGACCCAGACAAAUCAGUAUGCAGUAUUUGUUUAAACGACUUUAAACAACCUAAAAUAAUCGAUUGUGAUCAUACAUUCUGCUUUACUUGUCUAGAAGAUUAUACCAACAAAGUCUCCAGUAACAAUCGGUUCCCCUGCCCCCUGUGCCGCCAUGAUGUUCACAUUCCUGAAGGUGGCUUAGGCGAAUUUAAGUCUAAUUUAGAUAUUGAUAUCGAACAAGAGUUGGUGAGUGAUAUUUGUACGGAAGAAAUUCCGCCAUGCGAUGUUUGUAAAACUGGCGUUAAUUCCGAGUUCAAGUGUGAGGAUUGUGAACAAUAUUUGUGUAGUUCUUGUAGAAAAAUGCAUGAUGCGCUUAGAAUAUGUCACAAUCACGUACUAGUUCCCGUCGCAGAAACCUUGGAGAUACACCGGGAAAGAAAUCGUAAAACUAUCCCUGCUCCUAGAGAUGUUUGUCCCGAUCACCGAAAUAAAGACGUACGAUGUUAUUGUAAAGAUUGUUCAACAGCUGUUUGUUCUGACUGUUUUGUCACAAACCACAGUUCGCACGAAUUUGUUGAUCUUCUUGCGAAAGACAUUGACAUUCAAACCAGAGAUGAGCUUAAAAGUUUACAAGCCGAUAUAGAAACUCAAAUUGGUCAAUUUGAACGUUUUUGCGAAACGCUGACCAAAGUUAAAACAGAUAUCGACAACUCGGCGAAAACGUCAUGUGAAGCUGUCGACAAACAAGUGGAGCGAAUCUGUUCCGACGCAAAAGAAGUUGGCGAGGAGAUAAAAGUCAAGAUUCAGAAGUCACGUGAUGAGGAGAUAGAUAGAACGGACAAACUUAUGGGAGAGAUGGAAGUAUUAAUUGAAGAUUUAAAAGCCAGUGUUAAAUGUACCGUAGAUGUUAUAGAAGAUAAAUCUAUUGUCCAGGUUUUAAACAAAAUACCACAAGUUAAACUAGAAAAAGAAGACAGUGGUUUACGAACGUUAGAUAUUCCCGAUGUAAAAUACGCGUGGUUUGAACAAUCUGUGAUUGAUAAAACCCUUUUAAGGAAACAACUCGGAACUUUAGAGAAUCGAAUCGGACCGACGUUUAUAACACGUUUUAACUUUGACGAUGUUAAUCUACAAAACGGGGAGAAUUUAUAUAGUGAAUAUCAUUAUAUUCAAGGCCUACCAUGGUCUAUUCCUGUCAGGAAGCAUGAUGAUGGCGGAUCAUAUCUGUCUAUAUUUCUGAUACUGAACAAACUCGCGGAAUCAAAGGUAGAUCAGUGUAAUGCCAAAUGCGUCAUAUCGCUUUUAAAUAUGGCUGAUAAAAGUCUAUGCAACGAAAGGACAGACAGUAAGGUCCACCAGUUUAUGAAUUUUAACGAUGGCCUUGGUUGGAGUAAGUUUAUUUGCUGGUCAGAAAUCUCGAUUCAAAGCAGAGGCUUUAUCGACAGAAACAACAAUUUUUUUGUCAGUUCAACCGUUCAAAUUGUUUAGAAAAUUAUUGUUUAAAUUUCUUUAUUUAUAACCCCUAUAUGUAUAAAUCGUGUACACAGCACAAAAAUGACAUGUCCAGCUCUACUUCGUCAGGGUAGCAAAUAAGGAAAGUCUACCUUGUCGUUCGUAUGAGAUUUAGAUUUACUCGAGGUCAUUCCGUGAACGUAAAGGCACCAUUAGGAGUUGGAAAUCGACGAGGGGUAUAGGUUCAAACGGCGCUUUCCAAGCAAAAUACCCUCCCGGGCAUUGAACACAUAUACAUCGAAGUUAAUAUUAUUAUGUUCACCUCAGAAUUAUUAGUGACGAGAUUAGCUUUUAAGUGGUAUCAAAUCCUCAAGUCCUUAAGCUUACUGCAUGGAUCGUGACGUAGAAGUAGAACUUGGUGUUAUUUCUUGUAUAAUUAGGCGUCUAGGGGAGUCUAAUGGAAUGGGGCUUAUCAAGACAAGAAAUUAUGAUAUACGCCCUACAACAUAUCUUGCUGUGUUAUAAUAAUAUUACACAAUUUCGUAGAUGUGACAAUCCGUAAAAUCCAGAAUGAAACGGACCUUGUAUAGGUCAUUCAAAGUCAUAUAAAUCCGUGUGUGUCUUUCCAGGAUAAAAGAAAUAUCUCAGACAUGUAUGUAUUCGUUGACAGCGUUGGGAUUUCACACAUCCUUUCCUGUAAGUAACAAGUUAAUAAAGCAUAUUAGACAUGAAUCGCAAAUAUCUUCAAUUUAUCAAACCCAUCUAUAAGCAGUAAACAAUUUGGUCCAAUGUUACGGCACGACAUUCUACGAGUCAGGUGAUCUCAAUAAAACGUCUUCAAAAUCUAUGGAAGUUUAUUGCAGCCAUUUCAUAAUCUCGGGGUCGAGCAGUCGAGGGCGAGGUAGCGAGAGUGGUAGACCGCAAGGAUCUCACCCCGAGAACACGAGAUUCCUUUAGAAGGCUUAUUGGUACCAACAUUCGGCAUGAUUUUAGCGAUAACCGAUUAAUAUUCAUGGAUGAUUGAUAUACAUAUUUAGACGUACCCUUUCAAACAGUUCAGUCGCACAAAUUAUUAAUGUAUAUAUUUUGCUUGAAAGAAAGU